UCAAACUGGUAAGCGAAACAGACAGAUUAGGUAUCAACAAGACAAUUCCUGCUUGGAAGUCAGACUCACCAAUAAACUACAGUAGAUAACCCAAUUUUUCUUUUUAUCACUAACGACCGGAGACUGGAUCAAACAAAAUGGAGACCAGAGCAGGUUGUUCCUUUCCUAUCUUGCUCUUUCUUCAUCAGAUAAUUUAGCACUUCAUCCUGGGAGACCAAAGCUUAAGCCUCUGGUUUCCAAGCUAGGUUCUCGAGAAAACUAUGAAGUCACUCAAUCGCUCGCAGAGGAGCCGAUUUCCCAUACCUUUCUUUGGUUUGGCUCUUGUACUACUGGUCUUCUUGGCUUCUCCCACCAGAUCCUGCACAGAGCAGGAGAAGAGUUCCCUUCUCCAGCUUCUUGCUGGGCUCUCGCAGGAUGGUGGUCUCACGGCAUCAUGGCGGAGCAACACGGACUGCUGCAGGUGGGAAGGGAUCAGCUGCAGCCUGAAUAGGAUGGUCACUGAUGUUGUGCUAGCUUAUCGAGGGCUCGAGGGGUCCAUUUCGCCGUUUCUAGGCAACCUCACCAGCUUGUUGCGAUUCGAUCUCUCCCACAACUUGCUGUCUGGUGGCUUACCGCUAGAAUUGUUGCAGUCCAGCAGCAUCCUUGUCCUUGACGUCAGUUUUAACCGCCUGACAGGAGGCCUGAGUGAGCUGCCAUCUUCCACCCCUGUGCGGCCUCUGCAGGUACUAAACAUCUCGAGCAACUUGUUUACAGGAAGAUUUCCAUCCACUAUAUGGGAGGUGAUGAAGAGCCUCGUUGCCCUCAAUGCCAGCACCAACAGUUUUACCGGGCAGAUGCCAACUAUGUCUUGUGUUAGCGCGCCAUCUUUUGCAGUGCUUGAGCUCAGUUUUAACAAAUUCAGUGGAAACAUUCCUCCAGGACUCAGCAAUUGCUCCCUGCUGAAAUUGCUCAGCGCUGGCAACAACCACCUCAGUGGAACACUUCCAGAUGAACUCUUCAAGGUUACCACAUUAGAGCACCUCUCGUUACCUUUCAAUUGGUUAGAAGGAGAGCUCAAAGGCAUCAUCAAUCUAACAAAUCUGGUCACCCUUGAUCUUGGGAAGAAUGAGUUCAGAGGCAACAUACCAGAAUCUAUAGGUGAGCUGAAGAAGUUGGAGGAGCUUCUCUUGGAUCACAACAGCAUGUCAGGGGAGCUUCCGUCAGCGCUGAGCAACUGCACAAACCUCGUAACGCUUGACCUCAAGGUAAACCAUUUUAACGGAGAAUUUACCAAGAUCAACUUUUUAAGCCUGCCCAAUCUAAAAAUAUUAGAUAUUCUUUCCAACGACUUCACUGGCACAAUUCCAGAAAGCAUAUACUCCUGCAGCAAGCUAACCGCACUACGGCUAUCUUUCAAUCAUUUCCAUGGCCAAUUGUCAGAAAAGAUAGGCAAUCUGAAGUCUCUCUCGUUUCUAGCACUUGUUAACCUCUCCCUUACGAAUAUCACAAGAACACUUCAGAUCCUUGGGAGUUCCAGGAGCCUCACCACUAUUUUUAUUGGGUUCAAUUUCCUUCAUGAGACCAUGCCAGAGGAUGACAACAUUGGUGGUUUUGAGAAUCUUCAGGUUCUUUCUAUGAAUUAUUGUUCAUUGUCUGGAACAUUACCUGGUUGGUUAUCAAAGCUCACCAAGUUGGGGAUGCUAUUUUUGCAAAGCAAUCAACUUACUGGACCAAUACCUGACUGGAUCAGCAGCCUAAAGUUGCUCUUCUAUCUAGACUUAUCAAACAACAGCUUUACGGGGGAAAUUCCAACUGCCUUAAUGGAGAUGCCAAUGCUAAAAUCAGACAAGACUGCACCGAAGAUCUUCUCUGAGCUGCCUCUUUAUUUUUUCAGUCCAUUUGUCGAAUACCUCAAACCUGGUGCUUUUCCAAAAGUGCUCAAUCUAGGCAUCAAUAAUUUCACUGGUGUGAUCCCAGAGGAGAUCGGUCAGUUACAAGGGCUCCUUUUACUCAAUUUGAGUUCCAACAAAUUAUCUGGAGAGAUUCCACAACAGAUAGGCACCUUGACGAACCUGCAGCUGCUCGACUUGUCCAGCAACCAUUUCACUAGUACAAUUCCGGCCACACUAAACAAUCUGCACUUCCUUUCCAAAUUCAACAUUUCUAAUAAUGACCUCGAAGGCUCUAUUCCAACUGCGGGCCAGCUUAGCACAUUUCCAGAUUCUAGCUUUGAUGGAAACCCAAAAUUGUGUGGUCUGAUGAUUGUAAACCAUUGCGGUUCAGCAGAAGCAGCUUCAGAGUCCAUCAUCUCCAGAGAACAAAUUGGCAGUAAGGUCAUCUUUGCGAUCGCCUUUGGUGCUUUCUUUGGCGUAGGAGUCCUAUAUGAUCAGAUGGUCUUAGCCAGAUAUUUUGGCUAAAACCUUGUAAUUGUUAUCCACCACCCAAACCAUGACGCGAUCUCCGGUGGUCAUCAGUGGCUCCAGCUCCAGCCCUAGCAAGAUUGACAUCCCUGCUAAACCUGCUAUCUUGACGUUUGCUCUGUACUCCAUGUAACAGGAAAAAUGAUUAGUUAGUGAGCAACGUCAACAGUGUGUAAG